GAGGAGGAGCAGGAGGAGCAGGAGCAGGAGCGGGCUCAGGUGCAGGCACCGCUCGCACGGGGGAAGCAGCGCCAGCCGCUCCAGCCGCACCGCGGUGACAGAACUCCCCGGCAGAGGAUGCGUGUAGACAAAGGGAGCGAAUAGCCGGAAAUAUUCUGGGAUGUUAUAAAACCUAAAAGGACUUUACAGCGUGGCGAUACAAGACAGGAAAUGAACUCCAAAAAGAACGCUUUCUCUCAAAGUACUGCGACAGAAUUGAACAUUGAGCUCUUCUGGUGUCUGAAAUUCCUCCCGAAGACACGGCAAGGACUAUCAAAAUCAGCCGAGAGAUCCCGGUACUUUUAAAGAGACUUAAAGCAAACGCCAGCGUAAUAUCUGAAUGACCUUGGAGAUUAUUUCGUGUGGAUUCAUUAAUUUUCACUGCCAGUCUUCUAGUCUCAGGAACUCUAGGAUUAAAGAUGGUUUUAACGUUUUAGGGGCCUUUCAAAAAACAAGAUUGUAUACAUUUAAGUACCUGCCUAAUGGUUCCUGAACUAAUCAAGCAUUUACUUAGAACUGAACACAGAAGAUCCUUUCUUUUAACGUUUUCUCUCUCCAUAACUGUGACUAAAAUGAACAAGGUAAUGUCCUGCAAUUAGAAGAGCAUUUCUUUUAAAGCAACUAUUUAUUAUGCUGAUCAUCUAAUAAAUACAGAAACCCUAAACCCCUGAGAAGAUGAAGCUGAAUAACAGAAUAAUGGAGUAGUAAACAAUGGCAGCUUUUCUAGUCAAAUCAGCAUUUCAUUAGCUUCCCAGCAGAAUGCAGAUGGAAGUUUCUGAGCUCGUUGUGUGGGGGUUUGUGAAAUGAUUCAGGUGUUGCUACAGAGCCAAGGUGUGCCAGAGGUGAUGCACUGAUGCUGAGGAGGCAUCAACAGCUAUGGGACUGUAAUCCCCUCCCAUGUAAGCACUGGCAGUGUCUGCAAAGAGAGAUCUGGAGUCGCUGGAGCAGAGUUUAGCUGCUGUUCAGCAGGUCACCUGCUCACUCAGGCUCAGAUUGCAGUGUUCCCUAAGCACAAAGCAUGAACCAGUCCCGAUGGAUUGAAUGGAGGACUCUGAAUAUGAGCAGUAGUGUUAUGAACAUAUCUGAGCACCUCUCCUGCCCUCUUGGAUUUGGUCACUACAAUGCAGUUGACGUCUGUAUCCUUGAGACAGUCGUUAUUGUCUUGCUCACAUUUUUAAUCAUUGCGGGUAACUUAACUGUGAUAUUUGUUUUCCACUGUGCUCCACUCCUGCAUCAUUACACCACCAGCUAUUUUAUUCAGACCAUGGCCUAUGCUGAUCUUUUUGUUGGAGUCAGCUGCUUGGUUCCUACUCUGUCACUGCUCCACUACCCGACAGGUGUCCACGAGUCCCUGACUUGUCAAGUUUUCGGAUAUAUCAUCUCUGUGCUCAAAAGCGUGUCUAUGGCAUGUCUCGCUUGCAUCAGUGUGGAUCGCUAUCUCGCUAUAACCAAGCCUCUCUCCUAUAACCAACUGGUCACCCCUUGUCGCUUGAGAAUCUGCAUUAGUUUGAUCUGGAUCUACUCUUGCCUGAUCUUCUUGCCUUCCUUUUUCGGUUGGGGAAAACCUGGUUACCAUGGAGAUAUUUUUGAAUGGUGUGCUACCUCCUGGCUAACUAAUGCCUAUUUCACUGGCUUUAUCGUGUGCUUACUCUACGCUCCUGCUGCCUUUGUCAUCUGCUUCACCUACUUCCACAUCUUUAAGAUCUGCCGGCAGCACACCAAAGAGAUAAACGAUCGCAGAGCUCGCUUUCCGAGCCACGAAGUGGAUGCUGCUGGGGACAGCGGGCACAGCCCCGACCGCCGCUAUGCCAUGGUUUUGUUUCGGAUAACCAGCGUGUUCUACGUGCUGUGGCUCCCCUAUAUCAUAUACUUCCUGCUGGAGAGCUCGAGGGUGUUGGAGAACCCCGCGCUCUCCUUCCUAACGACGUGGCUUGCUAUAAGCAAUAGUUUCUGCAACUGUGUGAUCUAUAGCCUCUCCAACAGCGUUUUCAGGCUGGGACUGCGGAGACUGUCGGAGACAAUAUGUUCGUCUUGCACGUGUUUGAAAGACAGGGACGUGCGGGACCCUAAGCCGAGGAAACGGGCAAACUCCUGCUCCAUUUAGAGACAACGCGGAGUUUCGAUAGGAUCUGCCGUGUCUGGAAACUGGCCAGAGAGAAAUGUUUACUUGAACAGCUUGCCGUGGUGUUAGAGGGAGUUUGAAAGGGAUCGUGGAAAAGGAAAAGGCUGCUGUGAGAGGGGUCACUGGACUCUGGGGGAAUCGUGAGGGGAGCAGUUCCACAGAGACGAUGAAGAAAGUCAGGACUAAAAACCUUCCAAAGGGCAUGAAGUAACUACCAGUAACUAUCAGAGGAGGUUCCUCAUAAAAUAAAUAACUUAGUUACUACCUUAUGUUUUACCCCUUGUAGACAAGCUGUCCUACUAUCUUUGUGUCACAAUAUACUGUAGCCUUCUGAAUCUCAAUAUAUUUAAGAGGAAGCAAUCAACAUCACAGUAAGCAGCUAUCCAUAAACUAUAUACCUGAGGACUGUAGUAGAUACUGCAGGUUAAUAAUCAGCUCUGUCUCUGCUCACAUCCUGUACAAUUUUCAGUUGUACAAUGCAUAAACCCUGCCCUGGGCAUGACGCUUUGGGAUUAACCGGCACCUUUUGGUACCACUGUCAGAGGAGCUCUCCCUCUCCUUCUCAUUUCCCCUCUUUUCCUCCACGCUCUGCAUCCCUAGAUUCCAUUGCAUCCGGGGGGAGUUUAGUUUGGGGGCACCCACGAGGUAAACUGAGUUUCAGACCGUUAUUCCUGCAGAAAGCACAAGCCCUUCCUGGCUGGCUGAGCGACUGCAGCUGCCUGUGUCCAAGGACUCCUUCAGUCGAUCCCCUUAAAUCAGCACACGGUAUCCAUGUAGUGUCCUUUAGGGUGUACUAAAGCUUUUCCUUAUUGGCUCCACAGACACUCCUAACGCAGAGAUGAUAAUGGCACCCAGCAGUGUGUCAGCACUGCUUGGAGAAUUCAAACUAACCAGCCCUUCUCUUUGGGAAGUCUAAAUUGCUCACUGUUGUAGCUGUCAGUCCAUCGUGUGAACCUCGCUUGCACAUGCUGUACUUUUUUUAUUUUUUUAUUUUUAAGGGAAAACGUAAAUUGUGGUCUUGUGCCUAAUGUUUUCCUAGCACAUGGAAUAGGUCAAUGCUACAGGGUUAAAAAAAACUUACACUCGCUUUAAGAGAAACACUUCUGUGCCGUUGUUGAAUAGCUCUUUGUUAGGCAAGUGUUCUCAGAGGAGGUGAACAAGACAGUUUAGUGUUAAUUACAGGCCAAGAGCUUCGGUAUUUCCUUUUGUACUGAACUGACUUUCAGGUCCACUGAUGAAAUCUUUCUGAUUUUGCGAGGGCGCACGUUAGGUUUGUGUAAUAAAUUGCCAGGGGUUCAGAUGCAUGCCAGUCGAUACGAUAUUUAAAUUAUGAUUUUGAGCCAAAUGUAAUUUUCUUAGAUGGUUAUUGGCUUUUAAAAAGGGCCCAAUUAUUGAUUAUUGGUGCCUUUUAACACUGCACUAUUAUUCCUUCUUUCACCAAAAUGCAUAUGUAAAGAUUGUGCCUAUUACUUUUUGUAAUGGAAGCUGACCACGUGUGCACACCUGUGGUUUGACUCUAGAGCUCCCUUAAUUCUGUACUCUUUGCUCUGUUGAGGUGGUUCUGAACCCCUGUACAUUUUUUUUAAACCUGUAAGAAAGUUGAAACAAUGGAAUAAAGUAGUAUUAUGUCUAUCAAACCC